CUGCUCUUCACUAGUCUCAGGGAUCUAGCGCAUUCCGGUUUGGCAACACCGGAACGUCAACAUUGGACACCGAAAGCUCAAGGAACUCGCUCGUUGUGGCUUUUAUUAAGGUUUUUGGUUGUUAUUUACGGCUGACAGGAGGUCAAUCAUGUCGCUGGCACAAGGAGCUCCCCUUUUAUCAAGGCUGGUGUCAUCAUCAGUGGCCAUUGCAGGCCAGGCAGGGCAUCUUAUAAGAGAAAUCAUGAAGAAGGGAGACCUUGGCAUUGUGGAGAAAGAGAGUGUACGAGACCUUCAGACAGAAGCUGAUCGUGCUGCCCAGCGAUGCAUUAUUAGUUCUCUUAAUAAAUGCUUCCCUAAAAUAACAAUAAUCGGUGAGGAAGGAGAGGAGGAGACGAAGGUAGCUAGUGGAAGUAUCUUUGAUCCGUCGACUACAUCGUUGGUUGACGUCACCUGCCCGGCUCACCUGUCGUCAAUGGCAGAAGAGGAGGUUGUAGUUUGGGUAGAUCCUUUAGAUGGCACUGCAGAAUACACGCAAGCUUUCGAAUGCAGUAAGAAUGGCCAUCAGGGGGUUUGUAAAGCACUGGGAGUGGUGUGCUCAAGCUUGCUAGACCAUGUUACAGUCUUGAUUGGCAUAGCCUCAGGUGGGAAGGCCAUUGGGGGCGUCAUUCAUCAGCCCUAUUAUAACUACCAGAAUCCUGGGAGUGAGCUGGGACGUACAAUAUGGGGUAUAGUAGGAGGAGAAGUUGGAGGCAUGAAGAUCCUACCUCCACCAGAGGGCAAGUUGAUUGUGACCACCACAAGGUCCCAUUCAUCAUCGACUGUUAAUGAUGCGAUUUCUGCGGUCUCCCCCGAUGAAGUGCUGAGAGUAGGCGGUGCUGGCCAUAAGGUGAUGCUUCUUCUGGAAGGCAAGGCUCAUCUGUAUGUGUUUGCAAGCCCAGGAUGCAAGAAGUGGGACACCUGUGCCCCACAAGCAAUUCUAGAAGCAGCUGGUGGGAUAUUGACUGAUAUUCAAGGCAAUGCAAUUCCAUAUGAUGCUUCUGCGCCUCACAGGAACUCGACUGGUGUCUUGGCCUCUGCAGCUGGGCAGAAACAUGGAGUAUAUCUUGAGCAGAUUCCUCAGCAUGUCAAGGAUAAUCUGAAAGCAUAGUUAUUCAUAGCUGUCAAUUAGAGAAGGCAUUUUCCUAAACCAUGUUUUAUUUUUUUCAUUCCAGUUUUUGAAAAUUGUCUUUUUGUAAUAGAAGCAGAUUUGAACCAAUUAUUUUUGUGUGGGUUAACAUUUAAAGUGGGUGAUAAACUAGAAUUAGAUUGAUUGGACCACCAUUUAUAUAUACAUACAUAUAUAAAUAUAUAUAUAUGUAUAUAUAUAUAUAUAUAUAUAUAUAUAUAUAUAUAUAUAUAUAUAUAUAUAUAUAUAUAUAUAUAUAUAUAAAUAUUUAUUAAUGUAUAUAUUUAUAUAUGUUUAUGUAUAUGAAUUGGGAUACUCUUGUAUUUCUUUGUAUGUUACCACAUUUUGAUGUAGAUUUGAAUGUAAUGUUUCUAUUUUUUAAAGUGUAUUUUAUUUCAUGUUAAAACUAGAAAAAAUGGUGUAUUUAAUUUCUUUGUUUUGUUAAGAACAUGGUAAUUAUUAGAGAUGACUGGAGAUCAUUGGGCUUUCAUUCCAGUUAACCCGAUGCCACUAGGAAUGGCAUGUAAAAGUACUUGCCAUGCCAUUAUGAGUUUAGUUUAUUAAUUGUCUUUACACAUAGCUGACUCCAAGAUGGCAUGUACUUAGUUACCAUUGAGCCAAUUACAAGUAUUUUCUAUC